GAAAAAAUGGCCAUCAAAUUCAAUCCCAUCCAUGGGACUCUCUUAGUGGUGAUUGCCACCAUUCUCCUCUAUUUCUCUGAUGCACAGGAUUGUCCGAAAAAGGUUACCUUUGGCGGUUGGAAGCCCAUAACCAAUUUAACGGAUCCUGAGGUGGUGGAAAUAGGAAAAUUUGUAAUGGAUGAGCAUAAUAAAGAGGCGAAGACAAAACUAGAAUUUCAAGAAAUAAUAAAAGGAGAAAGCCAAGCUGUUGUUGGAAAAAAUUAUCGACUGGUCAUCAAUGCUAAGGAUUGUGACUCGCUCCAUAACUACUUGGCAGUGGUGUGGGACCUACCAUGGCAGAAAAUUAGGAAGCUUACUUCUUUUGAAGAAUAUAAUGUAGCCUAGAAAAUGAAGAACAAAAAUGCACUUUUAUGUAAAAUUAGUUGAUAAAACUAAAGACGUUAAAUCUAAAGGAAAUAUCUAAUCUUCAAAAGAAAUCUAAUGUAAUCUAUGAAAGUUCAUACAAGUAUAAUCCUCCUAUGGAUAAGUAAAAGCUAAUCUUUUGUUUCAAUCAUAAUCAUCUUUGGUUUUCA